CGACACACCUACACAAACCAGAUGUCUCGAUAAGCCGUAUAACCUCUCUACAUAUAAAAGACAUCUCUUGAAAGACUCAUGAAGGCAUAUUGACUAUCUAUUACGAUAUCCUCCGCGUAGACGAUAGUGAAGGGAAGACCUCCCUCUAUCAGUAACAGCUGACGAGUGGGAGCCCAUGAGCUAGCAUAGAAACUGCAUAUUUUGAACACGAAAGGAACAACCAAAGUCGUUUAAACGGGAUACAGCAAAUCAACGUCAAGAUGAAUAUGCUAUCGGACUACUGGAAUUCUAUUCCCGCACCAGAGGAGCAUUCUGGUGCUGACACAGUGGCGAAGUUAUGCGACCGUGUAGCGUCGUCAACGCUCCUAGAAGAUCGCAGAGACUCAGUGCGCGCACUCAAGGCCAUGGCACAGGACUAUCAGUUGGAGGUAUCGCUUUAA